CCCAAAAUCCUUUUUGGGACCCCCCCCGAGCAGGACGGGACCAGGAGGAGCUGCCAUGGCCGAGGAGGGGCCCAGGGCCACCAGGAAGGGCUCGGGGGUGGCCACCAAUGCCCGGGGCGGGGCCACCGAGUCCAGCACGCUGCUGCAGGAGCUGCGGGGCAACAUCUCCAAAUCCGUGCAGAGCAAGGUGGAUUCCAUCCUGCAGGACGUGCAGAAGUUCUCGGACAGUGACAAACUCUACCUGUACCUGCAGCUGCCCUCGGGGCCCAGCCUGGGAGAGAAGAGCGGGGGCUCUCUGGAGCUGAGCUCUCUGGCCACGGCCGAGCACAUGCACGCCUGCAGCUGGAUCCGCAACCACCUGGAGGAGCACACGGACACCUGCCUGCCCAAGCAGGACGUCUACGACGCCUACAGGCGUUACUGUGACAACCUGGGCUGCCGCCCGCUCAGCACGGCCAAUUUCGGCAAAAUCAUCCGGGAAAUCUUCCCCAACAUCAAAGCCCGGCGCCUGGGGGGCCGGGGGCAAUCCAAGUACUGCUACGGGGGGAUCCGGAGGAAGACGGUGGUGAGCCUUCCUCCCCUGCCCAGCCUGGACCUGAAAGCCACCGAGAGCCAGUCGGAGCUGGCAGAGCUGACACACCCGCACAGCCGGGAGGUGACGGACGCUGCCUGCGCCCUGACGUGUGACUGGGCUGAGAAGAUCCUCAAGCGCUCGUUCGGCAGCAUCGUGGAGGUGGCGCAGUUCCUGCUGCAGCAGCACCUCAUCAGCUCCCGCGGCGCCCACGCCGAGCUGCUCAUGGCCAUGGUGCUCUCGGAGAACGCGGACAAGCCCCCGCAGGACCCCCGCCCUCCCGGCGCCCCCAAAAAGAGCGGCGCGGAUCCCCCGGAGAGCGGCGAGCGCGGCGCGGACCCGGCCAGGAAGGACGCUGUCCCCAGGGCCCAGCCGCGGCCGGAGAAGAAGAAGGCGCCGUCGGAGGCGCCCCGCGCUGCCAGCAGCCCGCAGGUGAGCGCGCUGGUGGCGCGGCUGCCGCUGCUGCUGCCCCGCAUCGCCGGCCCCGAGCGCCCCGCGCCCGCCGGGCUGUCCCCGCUGCGCGCGUCCCCUCCGGUCAUCGUCCCCAAGCUGGCGGCGCCGCUGGGCGGUGGCACCGUCAAGGUGGCGCUGCCGCUGCCCGUGGGGGCGGCGCCGGGGGCCAUCCCCGUGCUCAACGUGCUGCUGCCCGGCGUGGGGGUCCCCGCGGCCGAGACCCCCGCCAGGGACGGCGAGGGGCAGCGCGGCAAGGCCGCCAAGCGGCCCCCGGAGGCGGCGGCGGCGGGGGACGGCGGCGCCGCGCUGAAAAGGAGGAGGGGGAGGCCCCGCAAGAGGGGAGGGGACGCGGCGGGGUCGCCCGAGGACGUGGAGGUGCCCAAGGGGGACGAGGGGGGGACACCCGGGGGUGGCAGCGCCACCGUGCCCGCUGGGGAGGCGGCGGGGCGGGGCGGGGCUGGGGAGGAGGCGGGGGACGGCAUGGAUGUGGAUAGUGACACCGGGGCUGGUGGCAGUGUCACCAUCCCUAUCAGGGACAGCUCAUCCAGGGCCAGUGACACUGGGGACAAGCCAGUCAUGGGCAAUGCCACCAUUCCCACCAAGGACAGCCCAGCUGGUGGCACUGCCACUGUCCCACUCAAGGCCAACUCGUCCCAGGGCAGUGCCAGCACUGAGGUCACUGGCAGUGCCACCAUCCAGGUCAAGGACAGCUCAUCCCAGGGCAGUGGCACUACUGGGGACAGGCCUGUCACCAGGAGUGCCACCAUUUCCAUCAGAGACAGCCUGGCUGGUGGCAGUGCCACUGUCCCUGCCAAGGCUGGUCCAUCCAGGGGCAGUGCCACCACUGGGGACAGGCCUGUGACUGGCAAUGCCACUGUCCCUGUCAAGGACAGCUCAUCCCAGGGCAGUGGCACUAUUGGGGACAGGCCUGUCACCAGGAGUGCCACCAUCCCUGUUAGGGACACCUCACCCCGGGCCAGUGGCACUAUUGGUGACAGACCUGUCACCAGGAGUGCCACUGUCCCUGUCAGGGACAGCCCAGCUGGUGGCAGUGCCAUUGUCCCUGUCAAGGACAGCUCACCCAGGGCCAAGGGCACAAGUGGGGACAGGCCUGUCACCAGGAGUGUCACUAUCCCCAUGGCUGGUGGCAGUGUCACUGUCCCUGUCAGGGACAGCUCACCCCGGGCCAGUGGCACUACUUGGGACAGGCCUGUCACUAGAAGUGCCACCAUUCCUGUCAGGGACAGCCCAGCUGGUGACAGUGCCACCAUCCCUGUCAGGGACAGCCCAGCUGGUGGCAGUGCCACCAUUCCUGUCAGUGACAGCCCAGCCGGUGACAGUGCCACCAUUCCUGUCAGUGACAGCUCAGCGGGUGGCAGUGCCACCAUCCCUGUUAGUGACAGCCCAGCUGGUGGCAGUGGCACUGUCCCUGUCAAGGACAGCUUGUCCCAGGGCAGUGCCAGCACUGGGGACAGCCCAGCUGGUGACAGUGCCACCAUCCCUGUCAGGGACAGCCCAGCUGGUGACAGUGCCACCGUCCCUGUUGGGGACAAGCCUGUCACGGGCAGUGCCAGUGUCCGAGUUAAGUACACCUACUCCAGGAGGGACAGGCCAGGCAGGGGCAGUGGCAGUGGCAGUGUCCCCAGCAGGGACAGGUCACCCCAGGCCGGUGGCAGUGGGGACACGCCAGUCCCUGGCAGUGCCACCCCUGGGGACAGGCCAGUCCCUGGCAGUGCCACCGUCCCUGCUAAGGACAUGACACCCAAGGGCAGUGCCACCCCUGGGGACAGGGCUGUGAGUGGCAGUGCCACUGUCCCUGUCAGGGACAGCAGAGCCAGGGGCAGUGCCACCCCUGGGGACAGAUGGGGCAAGGGCAGUGCCACCACCCCUGUCAGGGACAGCUCACCCAGGGUCACCACCAUUGGGGACAGGCCAGGCAGGAGCAGUGCCACCAGGGACAGUGGCAGUGGGGACAGAUCGGUCAGUGGCAGUGCCACCAUGCCUGGCAGGGACAGGCCACCCAGGGCCAGUGACAUUGGGGACAGGCCAGGCAGGGACAGUGGCAGUGUCCCCGUUAGGGACAGCCCAGCUGGGGGCAGUGGCACUGCCAGGGACGUACCAGUCACUGGCACUGCCACUGUCCCCAUCGAGGACAGGCUGGUCAGGCACAGUGGCAUUGUUAGGGACAUGCCAGUCCCUGGCCGUGCCACUGUCCCUGUUGAGGACAGGCUGGUCAGGGACAGUGACACCAUUGGGGACAGGCUGGUCACUGAGAGUGGCACCAUUGGGGACAGGCUGGUCAGGGACAGUGACACCGUUGGGGACAGGCUGGUCACUGAGAGUGGCAUCACUGGGGACAGGCUGGUCAGGCACAGUGACACUGUUGGGGACAGGCUGGUCACUGAGAGUGGCAUCACUGGGGACAGGCUGGUCAGGGACAGUGACACUGUUGGGGACAGGCUGGUCACUGAGAGUGGCAUCACUGGGGACAGGCUGGUCACUGAGAGUGGCACCGUUGGGGACAGGCUGGUCAGGGACAGUGACACUGUUGGGGACAGGCUGGUCACUGAGAGUGGCAUCAUUGGGGACAGGCUGGUCAGGGACAGUGACACCGCUGGUGACAGGCUGGUCACUGAGAGUGGCAUCAUUGGGGACAGGCUGGUCACUCCCAGUGACACUGUUGGGGACAGGCUGGCCACUCCCAGUGACACCGCUGGUGACAGGCUGGCCACUGACAGUGGCACCACUCCUGCCAGGUGCUGCCCCUCCAGGGACAGUGGCAGUCCUGGGGCCGGGCUGGCCGCUGGCAGUGCCGCUGUCCCCGUCAGGGACAGCCUAUCCAGGGGCACUGCCACCAUCGUGGACACGCUGGUCACCGCCUGUGCCACCAUCCCCGUCAGGGACAGCCCGUUCUGGGCCUGUGGCACCUCUGGGGACAGCAGUGCCACUGUCCCCACCAGGGACUGCCCAUCCAGGGGCACAGCCGCCAUCGUGGACGCGCUGGUCGCUCUGAGUGGCACCGUGAUGGACAGGAGGAUCCUGGGCAGUGUCACUGUCCCCGUCAGGAGCAGCCUGUCCCGGGGCACCGUCACCAUCGUGGACACGCCCGUCUUUGUCAGUGCCACCGUCCUCGUGGGCGAGUCCAUCCCCCGGGUCACGGCCACCAUCGUGGAGUCCAGGGUGCCCGGCCACGCCAUGCUGCCCCCCGGGGACACGCUGGCCAGGGAGUGCCCACCUCGGGACAGUGCCACCCCUGGGGACAGGGACAGGGACAGGGACAGGGACAGGGACAGGCCUGGCAAUGGCAGUGCCAUCCCUGGGGACAGGGACAGGCCUGGCAGUGGCAGUGGCACCCCAGGGGACAGGGACUGGCCUGGCAGUGGCACCUCUGGGGACAGGGACAGGCCUGGCAGUGGCACCUCUGGGGACAGGCCUGGCAGUGGUAGUGCCACCACUGGGGACAGGGACUGGGACAGUGCCAGUGUCCCCAGGGGAGACAGUGCCACUGUGACAGACAGGGAGUGCCCAUCCAGGGACAGUGGCACCAUUGGGGACAGGCCUGGCAGAGACAGUGCCACUGUCCCUGACAGGGACUGGUCAGGGAGGGACAGUGGCAGGACUGGGGACAGGCCUGGCAGUGGCAGUGCCACUGUCCCUGUCAGGGAGUGCCCACCCAGGGGCAGCCCUGCUGUCCCCAGGGGGGACUGGUCAGGCAGGGACUUUGCCACCAUUGGGGACAGGGACUGGUCAGGCAGUGGCAGUGCAUUCAUCCCUGUCAGGGUGUGUCCCACCAGGGGCAGCGCUGCUGUCCCCAGGGGGGAAUGGUCAGGUAGGGACAGUGCCACCCCUGGGGACAGGGACUGGGCAGGCAGGGACAGUGCCACCCCUAGGGACAGGGACUGGGCAGGCAGGGACAGUGCCACCCCUGGGGACAGGGACUGGGCAGGCAGGGACAGUGCCACCCCUGGGGACAGAUGGUGGUCAGGUAGGGACAGUGACACCAUUAGGGACAGGGACUGGACAGGCAGGGACAGUGGCACCAUUAGGGACAGGGACUGGUCAGGCAGGGACAAUGGCAGGAUUGGGGACAGGUCUGGCAGAGAUUGCAGGGACAAUGCCACCGUGUCAGACAGGGACUGGUCUGGUAGGGACAGUGCCACCAUUGGUGACAGGUCUGGCAGGGACAGCAGGGACAAUGCCACCACUGGGGACAGGGACUGGUCAGGGAGGGACGGUGGCAGGAUUGGGGACAGGCCUGGCAGUGGCAGUGCCACCGUCCCUGUCAGGGAGUGCCCACCCAGGGGCAGCCCUGCUGUGCCCAGGGGGGACUGGUCUGGCAGGGACAGUGGCAGCGUUGGGGACAGGGACUGGUCAGGUAGGGACAGUGCCACUGUCUACAGGGAGUGCCCAUCCAGGGACAGUGCCACCAUUGGGGACAGGCCUGGCAGGGACAGCAGGGACAGUGCCACCAUCCCUGUCAAGGAGUGCCCACCCAGGGGCAGUGGUGCUGUCCCCAGGGGGGAAUGGUCUGGCAGGGACAGUGGCACCAGUGGGGACAGAGACUGGUCAGGCAGGGACAGUGGCACCAGUGGGGACAGAGACUGGUCUGGCAGGGACAGUGCCACCAUUGAGGACAGGCCUUGCAGGGCCACCAUCCCUGACAGGGGGUGGCCUGGCAGUGGCAGUGCCACCACUGGGGACAGGGACUGGUCUGGCAGGGGCAGUGCCACUGUCCCUGACAGGGACUGGUCAGGAAGGGACAGUGGCACUGUCCCAGGCAGGGACAGGCCUGGCAGUGGCAGUGCCACCAUCCCUGUCAGAGAGUGCCCGUCCAGGGGCAGUGCCACCCCUGGGGACAGGCCUGGCAGUGCCACCAUUGGGGACAGGCCUGGCAGUGGCAGUGCCACCGUGUCAGGCAGGGACUGGUCUGGCAGGGACAGUGGCACCACUGGGGACAGGGACUGGUCUGGCAGAGACAGUGCCACUGUCACCAUCAGAGAGUGUCCAUCAAGGAGCAGUGCCACUGUCCCCAGUGGGGACUGGUCAGGCAGGGACAGUGCCACCCCUGGUGACAGGUCUGGCAGUGCCACCCCUGGGGACAGACCUGGCAGUGCCACCCUGCCCUCCAGGCCCAUCACGCCCGCCCGUGUCAGUGUCAUCUGGGAUGGCAGGACGGGCUCCAGGGUGUCACCGUGGGGACACAGCCGGGCCGGGUCACCCCUUGGGGACAGCAGGGACCGCGAGGGACACGCGGGGGUGGGCACACGGACGGGGUCCCCUGCGUCACACCAGUAAAAACCAGUCACUCCA